AUGCGGUCUCACCAUCUUCUAGGGGCCAUCCUGUCCAUUGUAUCCCCUUCCGUCUCUGCCCCAACAGAGUCGGCAAGAGCGCCGCGGCAUGCGACAAUUGUCAGCCGUCAGACAGUCAAUUCAAAUUACACUUUCAUCAUCGCGGGCGGCGGCAUCGCCGGACUCACCCUUGCCGAUCGUCUAACAGAGGAUGCAAAUGUGACUGUGCUCGUCGUUGAAGCCGGCCCGUUCGAUCAAGGACAGGAUGGGAUCCUCGUGCCGGGCGCCUACGCGCCAUACUACUACUUCUGGCCGAAUCUUGUGACUGUCCCACAGACAGGUCUAAAGAACAGGGAGAUUCCAACCAUCGCUGCCCAGGUUGUGGGAGGCGGCAGUGUCAUUAACGCCAUGGUGUAUCUGAGGGGUGAUGCCGAAGACUACGAUUCGUGGGGUGCGCUGGGGAAUGCCAACUACAGCUGGAAGAACAUGCUGCCUUAUUUCAAGAAGAGCGAAAACUUCACUGCACCCAGUGCCGCGUUGGCCGCGGCGGGCAACAUUACAUGGGAUGAUUCGGUACGGGGCCACUCUGGUCCAGUGCAGUAUUCAUAUGCCAACUACUUUUACCCAGGGAGUGCAAACUGGUGGAACGCGGCCAAGGAGAUCGGUCUCAAGCCAACCAAGGAUCCCAUGGCUGGAAAGAAACCAGGUAUCUUCUGGAUGCCCUCAGACGUGGAUGCUACCACCGGAUUCACGAGGAGUACUGCUAGGCGAAAUCACUAUGACAGGGUUACGGCGUCGCGGCCAAACUACCAUAUCCUCCCAUCCAGCAUGGUCUCUAAGGUACUGUUCACCGGAAAGCGGGCCACUGGCAUCAGCUAUGUCCCGACGGCCGGUGGCGCAUCACCCUCGAGCGUGUACGCGUCCAAGGAGGUCAUCCUGGCCGCUGGCGGGUUAAACACCCCCAAGAUCCUCCAGCUCUCGGGCAUUGGACCCAAGAAGCUACUCAAUCAGUUCGGAAUUCCUGUUGUCGAGGACCUCCCUGGUGUGGGUCAAAACCUGCAAGACCAGCCCACCCUGACGGUACCAUAUACUUUCAGCAACAACCUCGUCCCCAACUCGGGCAGCCUCAUGACGAACGCCACGUACAACGCCGAGCAGCGCGCUCUCUACGACGGCCACCAACCGAGUGCUUACAGCAUCGUUAGCACACUCAGCACCAACAUUGGCGUGCUCUCGCUCCAAGACGCGACGUCUUCAUACCAGCAGAUUGUGAAGGAAGCAAAGCAGCAAGACCCUGCCCUCUCACUUCCAGCAGACGUCGACCCGACCGUUCUCAGGGGCUACCGCGCCCAGCGCGACGCCACGUUGAAGCAGUUCGAAAGCUCCACGAUCGGGGUCGGCUCCCUGCAUUGGGGCACCGCCGACUCGGCGCUCGUCUACCACUUCAAGCCGCUCAGCCGGGGCUCAGUCAGGAUCAACUCGACCAACCCCCUAGACAAUCCGCUCAUCGACUACCGCACGGCCACCGACCCGACGGAUGUCAAGGUGUACACGGCGCUGUUUCGUAAGCAGCGGCAGCUGUUCUCGGCUCCGUCGAUGCAGGCGCUUGGGCCGGUCGAGGUGGCUCCGUUCGGCGGAAAUGUGACUUCGGAUGAGCAGAUCGCAGCAGUCAUGCGCGACCAGAUCAACCCGUCCAACGCCCACCAGUGCUGCACGGCCGCCAUGCUGCCGAGGAACCUUGGCGGCGUCGUGUCCCAUGAACAGAAGGUGUAUGGUGUCACCGGGUUGCGUGUUGCGGAUAUCAGUCAUUGGCCCAUGCAGAUCUCAGGAGCGCCCAUGGCGAAUAUGUAUGGUGCGGCUGAAAGGCUCGCCGAUCUCAUUAAGAAGGAAUACUGCCUGGCCGGAGCUUGCUCGAAGUAA